AUACGAGUGUGUGAGUGUGGGCCGUUGCAAAUGGAAGAAAGGCUUUUUUGGGUAGAGAUGCAUUUUCCUACGGCCCGUCCAGAUAAUAGAACCAGGCCCAUAAAGAAGGGCCCAUGUCACGUCCGCGGCCUAUCCCUCAACUAAGGAAAAUCCACACAAUGAAAGAGCGAUUUCACCGACAUUUUCUUCGGGGGGAGGAAAAAAAUACACGGCCGCUGCGUCGCCAUGGCGGGAGAGGAGCAGCCCCUGACGGAGUACGAGAAGGAGCGGCUGGCGCGGAUACGGGAGAACGAGGCCCGCCUCGAGGCCCUCGGCAUCCGCCGCCUAGCGGCGUCCCCCCUCCUCAACCAGCCGUCCUCCGCGGCGGCGGCGGCGGCGGCGGGGGCCAAGAGAAAACAGAAGAAGCGAUCCGACGAUGCGGACGAGGAGUACCUCCCGUCCGACGGGGGCGGCGGGGAGGAGAGCUCGUCGGCCAGUGACCAGGACACCGAGGAGGACUUCAAGCCUUCCUCUAGGUCUAACCAAAAGGGAAAGGCAAAGAAGAAACUGAACUUAGGAAGCCCUUCUAAAAGCACCUUUAGAGAAGAAGAUGCUCCCUUAACCGAUUUUAUGGAUGACGAUGCAGCCUUACAACAGGCGAUUGCACUCUCCCUGGCAGAACCUUCAAAAAGCUCCGUGACAACAGCAGAACCUUCAAAAAGUUCCGUGACGACAACAACAGCUGCAGAACCUUCAAAAAGUUCCGUGACGACAACAACAGCUGCAGAACCUUCAAAAAGCUCCGUGACAACAGCAGAACCUUCAAAAAGUUCAGUGACGACAACAACAACUGCAGAAACUUCAAGCAGAGGAGCCAAAGGACGGAAAGGCACGCCGUGCAAAAAUGACAAUACCACACCUGUUAAGGACUCUGCUAAAAAUAGGAAGACAAAGAAGCAGGUCAGGAGCAGAAUUCAACUGUCGGAAGAUGAUGUGGUGGCAAUAUUCUUCUCAUUUGAUGAAGCUGGAAAAGGAUACAUCGCACCCUGGGAUCUUGAAAAAAUGGCCAACGUAAAUGAUUUCAUCUGGACAGAUUUUGAGCUAUCUAAUAUGAUCAAUUUCUUUGAUAAUGACAAAGAUGGAAAGAUAAGCCUCGAGGAAUUCCGAGCCAUCGUGUCCCGAUGCAACAUGCUGCAAGAGCCAGGGGAGUGAUGAUGACAGGGCAAGCAGACGGUGCCUCUGCAAAACCUAACAACUAUUGAGACGGCAUGGAUUGGAAGGUGAAACCUGGCGCUUAUGCUGGAUUGCUGGAGCCUGGAGGCAUGAGUCAAUUGAAGUCCCAGGACUCAACAGAACCUUUGUCCACAGGAGCUGGGUUUUUUUUUUUUGAUAAACCACAUGAGCUGCAUAUGGAAGUCUAAAUAGCCUAGCGGUUACUCUUGCCAUGUGACUCGAUGCCCAAAUUUGUAGCCGUAUGAGCUAGGAUUAAUUUUUCAUGUACGUUGUUGAGUAGUACUACGGGACUACUGUUGCUCUUCUAAUAGGAAUCGCCACCAAUUCGCCGUGCUCUUA